AUGGGACAAAAGACACAACGUUACACGAAAUACAAGAUGCAAAGCAUCAAAUUGGCUGCCAAGGUAUUUGACAUAUCACCCCAACAACAACAAUGGCUGACAAAUCACUUGGGUCAUACAGUAGACGUCCAUAAAAUACAUUAUAGGCAGAUCUCGGGGGUCAUUGAGCCUGUGGACAUUUCCAAACUUGUGCUGUUAACAGUGUAUGGCUUGACUGUGAAAAAUGCUUGCAGAAAAUUGACAGAUAUCACACUGGAAGAAUAUUGGAUGGAGGCAAAACUGAAGGAGGUGCAUGAAUAUUUCAGAGAAUGUCUGAACACAAACACCACUCCAGGAAGGAAAGAUUGCAAUAUGGCAAUAGAGAAGAACAGGGCCAAUGAAGGUGCCAUACAGUAUAGGCCAUGGGAGUCCCUGAAGAAGAAAGUAUGGAGCAUAAUCCAGAAACAAAAAAUAAACCAUUUUGACAUUUUUUAUUAUAUAGGAUUAAAGCCCUACCUUUGA